ACCAGAAUCUACGAAUGAGCAACCAACUUCAAGAUCAACUAAAUGCCUCAGGUCCGCUGGAAAACGAGGUUCUGUUAUGUAGUCCGGACUUUAACUAUGACCUCUCCUUAUUUCAUGCAGAGCAGACCUGUUAUCACUCGGAGUGGUGAUCAAAAUGCAGCCUCUCUCAGGUCCAAACUCACCACCAGACGGAGGAAUCAGGGUCCAGGUUCCUCUGUGGAGGUGAAGGUAGAGCCGGAGGAGGCGAGGAUCUCGGAGCAAAGACCCUCCUCGGCCCCCUUAUCCACGGCAGAGGCAAGGCAACCUCAACCUAAUCUACAUACUUGUUCCCAUGUGGUAUGUUUUCUUUCUGUAUUUCUGUGCUGGGUCAGAUAUUCUAAAUCCUCUCUGCCCUGUGCUCAUUCUGGUGCUUGUCAUCCAAAAACAGAAACAGACGCCUUGCUGUUGUCUUCACACAGCCGCAGGAGGAAACAGCUAAAAGUGGAAUAUGAUGAGGAUGAAGGUGUACCACCGGUGAAGACAGAACACUGGGAACCUCCCGACUGGCAGAAACAACUGGGAUACAUCCGUGAGAUGAGGAGCAGCCGGUAUGCACCUGUAGAUAACAUGGGGGCAGAGAAAUGCUACGACUCAGACGCUCCUGCUCAUGUCAGACGUUUCCAGGUGUUGGUUUCACUCAUGCUGUCCAGUCAGACCAAGGACCAGGUGACCGCAGCAGCCAUGAAGAGGCUCCGAGCUCACGGCUGCACUGCAGAAAAUAUUCUUAAUACUGAUGAUGAAGCACUGGGGAAACUCAUCUACCCUGUCGGCUUCUGGAGGACGAAGGUGAAGUAUCUGAAGCUGACAUCGGCCAUUCUGCAGAAAGAGUUUGGAGGGGACAUCCCAGACAGCGUGGAGGGGCUGGUCCGCCUAACAGGAGUCGGACCUAAGAUGGCUCAUCUGGCUAUGGACAUCGCAUGGGACCAGGUGUCCGGCAUCGGCGUGGACACACACGUGCAUCGUAUCUCUAACUGGCUGGGCUGGUUGAAGAAACCGACCAAGAGCCCGGAGCAAACGCGCAAGGCCCUGGAGGAGUGGUUACCAAGGGAGCUGUGGAGUGAGAUCAACUGGCUGCUGGUGGGUUUCGGGCAGCAGGUGUGUCUCCCCGUCAGGCCGCUCUGCUCCGUGUGUCUGAACCAGCACAGCUGUCCCUCCGCCCACAAGAUCUCUCCUACAAAAAGGCCUAAAGCGGCUUCCCCUUGCUCCCCUGAUCCAACCUCUGCCUCGACUGAACCUGGACAAGAAUCCGAUGUUAAACAUGAGAGGUUAAAGAAGGAGCCACUGCCCACACCUGUUUCCCCAAACGCACCGAAACGAAGGAUAAAAACCAAGGUUAAAUAUUGAUUUAGUCUUGUCUGAGCUGUGACCAAAUAUUGGACCAGAAAGAUCAACUUAAACACAGACACACUGAGAACAUUGAUGUGGAUAUCAGAAUGUUUAAUAUGACACUACAACUACUUCAAAGAGAUAAACUAUUUUUCUACUGCUGGUGCUACUUUAUUAUUAUAAAAAAAUAAAUAAAUGAUGUACUGAAAUCA